AUGAGAGAGAGAAACAACGAGCCGGAAAUAUCACCAUCAGAAUAUGCAAGAGCUAAUAAGGAGCUGAGCGGUUCGUUACACCUUAUUACUCAGUUGAGGGCUAAACAGAAAGAAAUUGAUGGCUUGAAAUCACUGGUGGUUGAAUGUUCCGGUGACAAAGACAUGAUUAAUAUGGCGACAGAGGAAAUGAGGCGGCCCAUAGAGGAAGAACGAAGAUUGCAACAUUUGUUGUUGAAGUCCUUACUUCCUAAGGACGGUGCUGAUGAAAGAAACUGCAUUUUGGAGGUCAGAGCAGGUACUAGUGGGGAGGAGGCUUCUUUAUUUGCAAUGGACAUCUUCAAAAUGUACGAAAAGUAUGCUCACAAGAAUGGCUGGAAAUUUGAAGUAGUAGAUAUUGCUCAAUCAGAUCUUAAAGGAUACAAGAGAGUUCCUGUGACAGAAAAAUCAGGACGAGUUCAUUCCAGUGCUGUUUCUGUUGCAAUCCUCCCUCAGGCUGAUGAGGUUGAUGUUCAAUUGAAGAAUGAAGACCUAAAAAUUGAUACCUACAGAUCUAGUGGUUCGGGUGGUCAGCAUGCAAAUACAACAAACAGUGCUGUUAGAACUUCUUAA